AUGGACGAUGGAAGGCUCCUGACUUCACAUAGUCAUGGCCAAGCUAUAAGUAACGAUAUUUUGUCGCGGUUUUUUGACGCUGUUGAGUUUUGUCGGGUUGUAAAUGAGUUGGGUCAAGAAACAGACCCGUUACCAGGCGCCAUCAACCGGGCCAGUUUCUAUACGCCUGAUUGUACGGAUUCGGCUCCAGGACUUGAAAGUGAACGCACUCCCUUGUCAAGUCAAUCACCUCCUACACCAUCAACGGUUGCGCCGCUCACCGUCGCGUCUGAAUCAAUCUACAGCCUUCCGCAGAACAGAAUCACAGUGAAUGAUGCCCCUGCAAUGUGGAAGGCGUACAAAUAUUUGUUCGGUUGCUGCCAACAAACCAUGUGCAAGAUGAUUGCCAAAAUAUGGAUACAAACCCUCUCACCGAAGAAACAGGCGACCCAUCCUUACCAAGGUGGUCAAGCGACAGCUCCAGCGUGGUGGCCGACAAACUGUCUAACAAAAAAACGCAUUAACCUUCUUGCACAUAUUCUGCGACUGCUGGUUGAACCUAGCGCCAAACAACAUGUUGCGAUCCGAAGUCUAGGCCUUGAUGUAAAAAGAUUAGAGGAUAUUACCAGUAGCAAGUUGCGGGAUUUUCUAGAGAAAGACGACAUGAAUGCGAGGAAGAGGCAGCGGCUUGCGCAGCUAUUCGAGCUCGCCCAGCAAGAGGCGAGGUUUAGGAAUGGAGAUAUCGGUAGACAUGAACCCAUACAACCCAUUUACGGCCAAUAG